UCUUUUCUGUGGAGCCUGUUGGUGUUUAACUGAUCAGUCAGAAUUAAGAUGCUUUUAGACUUGUGUCACCUUUCCUCGGAGGUAGUCGGGUUUGUAUCGGGGGCUGUGCAGCUGCGGGGAUUCCAUUUCACAUCUGGAUUCAGCCUUUUUGGAGUUGGGUUUCCGCGCUGUCAUUGUUUCCGUCUCCACCUCCCCGAAGCCACACGCCUCCACACAGCUCUUUUUUUCUCUUCUCUUUUACUUCGCCUUGAGUCCGCUGCUUCAGCCUGCUUGGAGCUAUCAGGAGUUUAGAGAAGGGAGCGGAUCUUUCGCACGAUGGGGGACAUCGAGGCUCCUGCCUCGACCGGGUCGCGCCAGUCCGUCCUUCUCUCCGUUCUUCCGAGCAAAGAGUUCGCCACCUCCAGGAAAGGAAUGCUGCUGAUUUCUGAAGUGGCUCUCUCCUUCAUAGCGUUUGUGUGUUUUGCGGGCUCAGCAGCAGCAGCCUUCGUCACCGUCCCCCUGCUGGGGUUCCUGGCUGCUGUCUUCGUGUUGUUUGCUUACUCCACAAAAUUCAACGAGCGGUUCAAAGGCUUCGGCUGGCCUCUGACGGAUUUCAUAAGGUGUGUGACAGCCUCCAUUAUUUAUUUCAUCAUCUCCAUAAUGGCUGUUUCUAAAUAUGGAGAUGGGUCCUCUAAAGCAGCCGGGGUGUUUGGGUUUAUCGCCACCAUUGUUUUUGCUUUAGAUUUUUAUCUCAUCUUUAAUGAGCUGAUUGGUUUCCUAAAGCAGGGAGGGGAGACCAAUGAGGAGCCUUCAAGACGGCGAGAUGAGUUUUCAGACUCAGACUCGGACUGAACUGAAACUCACCAGCAGCUGUUUCACCUGAACCAGAUGUGGCCACUUCUAAAAAGAAAUCUCAACAGGAUCGCCUGUGCUGUGGGUCACUUCCACCGUUUAACCUGCAGCUGUGAAACUAAAGAAAUGUGUAUGAACAGGAGACCUGACCUCAUGCUGAUGUUUCUAACUGUUGCAUUUAGUAUACAAGAGCACUGUAAACCAGGGGUGACCCCUGAUAAUCCCCCUACCCUACCCUGCAUGGUUUGGUCGGUUCCCUGCUUCAAUGGUUAAAUCAUCUGGUCAGCAGCUCAUGAAACUCUGCAGAAGCCUGCUGACUAAAAUCUGGUGUUAAAGCAGGGAAAUGACUAAAACACGUUGGGUGCUCUAAGAGAGCCUCUCAGUGGCUGUUGAUGUGAUAAACCCACAAAUUCCACCUGCAGCAUUGCAGACAGUUAGCCCCGUCACUAAUUUCUGCUGUAAAUGACUGUAACCCUUUAGCAUUCCAGCAUCCUGCCCAUGGGACCAAACCUCGUUGUGUUCAUUAAACCUGGCUAUUUAAGGGCUUAAAGGCCUACUAUGCAACUUUUAAAAUCAUUCAUUGAAUCAGUAUGUGCUACUGUAUAAUGACCCUUUACUGGGUUUAUGAAAAGUCACUCAGCCCCCACCACCCCCUGUGGCUGGAAUACCACACUUGCAAUUUCAGAGUAGACAGCCAGCUCCCUGUUAGUCUUAGCAGAGUGGAGCUGACUUGCCUGGCGAUACAGUCUGUUUCAAGCAUGAUUACUGCAUGUUUUAGAUCAUGAACACAGCAGAUUGGUUUCAUUUAGUGAUGAAACACUUCUGUAGACACUAAUGAAGGCUGAGGGGACGUUUCAGCUGUAAGGUUAAGGUUAAAAGGACAAACGCACAGCAAGGAGAUGAGUUUCACUUUUGGUGUUACAACAGUGAAUUAAUAACGGACUCUAGUGGGUGAUAAAAGCAAGCCAAAACUGUAUAGUUUCCCACUGAAAUAUAUGCAAUAUUUAACUCUAAUUUCCCUCUGGGGUUAAUAACGUUAACCACCAUUAAAGUUUUUUUUUGGAAGACAACAUUUAUCCUCAUAGGAAAUGGCACUGUGACUAGUAGUUAGCUUAUCAAUUCGGUCAGAAUUAAACCCCAUUUCCCCAAACUGAGCUUGUUCAAAGAGCUAACCAUAACAGAAGGAAGGACUAUCCAUAUAAAAGAUUUAUUUGACCCAAAUAAUUAAAAAACUUCAUCUUUUUUACUGGUUUUCACCAAUCAUCCUUCUUUGCUGUGCACAUAUUCCUUAAAAACAUUGCUCUUUUAAAAACACCACUUUACAUUUUAAAUGUGAAAUUCUUUGUUUUUAUACGUCAUUUUAUUGGAAAUAAAUAAAAUUUAGAAACAAUA